AUGUCGCUCAGGUCACUGCAGGCAUUGUCAACAAAAACAUCAUUCGUUGCUGCACAUGAGCCCCAUCACAACUCAAUCAUCUGCCCUGUUACACCAAGCUUGCAGGCUGCAACCACGAUCCAGCCUCACGCAUCGUCUUCAAGUAAUCCACCAUCUUCAACUCUCGUCAGCACUGCCCUUGAAUUCGCACCUGAAGCCACGAAUGCCCAGCCUGUAGACUAUGUGGUGCUUCCAACCGCCAUCUUAUAUGCCAAGAGCCACUCAGGUGUAUUCAUACCCUGCCGUGCAUUACUGGAUUCUGGAUCUCAACUCAACUUUAUCACUGCUCGUCUAGUAAAGCAGCUCCAACUCAAAACUCAUCAUGCUGCCGUAUCAAUAUCUGGUAUAGGCGAAUCAACCCUAUCUUCUAACAUGUCCACUGACAUAUCAGCGCAGUCACGUGAUAGGAGCUUCAGCACAUCAUUUUCAGCAGUCGUUACUCGCGGUAUAACGGAUUAUCAGCCCUACUUUGGGUUAGACAUCUCUGGGUGGAAUAUCCCCAAAAACAUCUCGCUCGCGGAUCCAACGUUUUUCAAAUCUCAAAGAAUAGAUUUAUUACUUGGUGCCGGACUAUUUUUCGAUCUCAUUUGCAUCGGCCAAAUUCGAAUGGCGGAUAACCUACCAACGCUCCAAAAGACCAAGCUCGGAUGGAUUGCGUCUGGCGGACUCUCUCGCGUACACAACAAACACACAUCCCUUUCAGCCCUUUACAAGGAACCUAAUCCAUGGGAGGAUCCACUGUCGGAUAUUGUAAAACGAUUCUGGGAAGUCGACAAUUGCUGCGGUACAACCCCUGCGCUCUCUGAUGAAGACGCACUAUGCUUCCAGCAAAGCUCAGCUUCGAUACGCGGAGACUCAUAUCAACGUGCUCUACGACGUUUCAAGUCGUUCGAAAACAAAUUGGACAAAAAUCACCAGCUGAAGGAGAGCUACUCUGCAUUCAUGCGCGAAUACAUCGACUUGGGCCACAUGUCUUUGGCUUCCAAGCAGCAGCUUGUCCGACAAUUCUAUUUACCCCACCACUGCGUAGAAAAGCCAGAUAGCUCAACCACCAAAUUUCGCGUCGUUUUUGAUGGAUCAGCCAAAUCCACAUCAGGCGCAUCUCUGAAUGAUCUCUUGCAUACAGGCCCAGCAAUUCAACCCAAAUUAUUCAACAAUCUAAUUCAGUUUCGUUUUUUAAAGGUUGCCAUGUGCGGUGACAUCUGUAAGAUGUACCGCUGUGUCCGAAUAACGCAUCCAGAUCAAUUUCUGCAAUGCAUCUUAUGGCGUGAUCACCAAAAUGAAAGCAUAAGGACGUACACCCUGGAUACAGUAACGUAUGGAACCAAACCCGCUGCGUUUCUAGCAAUUCGAGCGAUGCAGCAGCUGGCCCACGACGAAGAGCCUACCUUUCCACUAGCUGCAAAGAUAGUUUGUCGCGACUUCUACGUAGACGAUUUAAUUUCUGGAGGGGACUCUAUAGAAGAAGCCAUUCAGAUCCGACAGCAAGUAAAACUGCUACUGGCUAAAGGUCACUUUCCAAUCAGAAAGUGGUGCUCAAACGAGCCUGAUGCAUUAAAAGGAGAAAGCGAAUCCGAUUGUGAGAAGCUAAUGGAGUUCAAGGAUGGCACCAACAUUGCAAAGACGCUUGGUUUAGCUUGGAGCCCUAGCUCUGAUAGCCUGCUUUUCAACUUUGCGGAGAUCGUACCCGAAGGAUCAGUCACAAAGCGGAGCAUGUUAUCAAUGAUAGCGAGAUUUUACGAUCCGCUCGGAUUGAUCGCGCCCAUCGUUACCAGGUUAAAGGUAUUUCUCCAAGCACUGUGGAAGGAAAGGGUCAAUUGGGACGAAUGCCUGUCGCAGUCGCUGCACUUCGAAUGGAUCAAACUCAUAUCGCAACUCUCAUUUGUCAGCAGCUUGAAAUUCUCCCGUUUUGUAUUGAUGCCACUGGCUACGGUAUCACAAAUACAGGAGCGGACCAAGGGCAUGACCUGGCAUCAUGUACCCUCUCAGCUGAACCCUGCGGACAUUUUAUCACGUGGAUGCACACCUUUGAAACUUUUAGACUCACAGCUAUGGCAUAAUGGACCCCCAUUUAUACAGGCCGCUAGCUCGACUUUGCCUCAAAACGUCGACUAUCCCUUUGAGCUUCCAGAACGACGCCAGAAAGUGCUGGUACUAUCAACGAAGACGGACCUAUCGGCAUCUUGUAAAUUCAACAACACAUUUGCCAAGUUACAGCGCACUUUCGCAUACGUGUAUCGAUUUAUAGCGCUAAAAAGAUCUGAUUCGACGAGUUCAAAAGGUCCACUCACUCCAGAUGAUAUCAAGUGCGGAACGCAUUUACUUAUAAAAAACAUUCAACUUACGCACUUCGCCGAAGAGUACAAAGCACUCAGCUUAAAAAGGCCGCUUCCAACAAGAAGCAAACUUCGUUCAUUGUGCCCACUGUUGGACGCUGAGGGACUCUUGCGCAUCGGCGGGCGCCUUCAGAACUCAAACUUGGAACAUGAAGCAAAGCAUCCGUUAUUGUUGCCUAAACGCCAGCCAGUGACCGCAGCUAUGAUCACAUAUUAUCAUUUGGAAUUUCUUCAUGCUGGUCCGCAAUUCCUUCUAGCAACACUCCGCCAGCGAUACUGGCCCAUCGGAGGUCUCAAGGCUGUCUCAAAUAUCAUCAACAGGUGCGUGCGCUGCUUUCGAAUGCGACCUAAACUUCUGGAGCAAGUCAUGGCCCCGCUACCAGCUGAGCGUGUGCAGCCAAGUCCGACGUUUCACGUAACUGGCAUCGACUUUUGCGGUCCUUUCUACGUCAAAUCAGAGGUCAGGAAUCGCUCACCAACGAAAUGCUACAUCUCAAUUUUUAUAUGCUUUGCAACGAAAGCAACGCAUUUAGAGUUGGUAGAGGACCUGUCCACGUCAUCGUUUAUCGCUGCCUUGAAGAGAUUCAUCAGCCUUCGAGGGAAACCGCAUACAAUAUGGACAGACAACGCCACAAAUUUCGAGGGUGCUCGAAAUGAGCUGAAGGAACUGCGCGACCUGUUUAUAAGCGAUCCCCAGCGCAAUGAGAUUGUUCGCAACUGCGUAGCUCUGGGAAUCAACUGGAAAUUCAUUCCGCCCCGUUCGCCACAUUUUGGAGGAUUGUGGGAGGCCGCUGUCAAGUCAGCAAAAUAUCAUUUUUACCGCGUCAAAACCCGAAUGACUUGGAGAUACUCACGCCUGGGCACUUCAUCUGGGGCAAAGCCAAUGCCACUAUCGACGAGCCAGACAUAA